GGCUUGAAAGAGAGAAGAUGGAACGAUAUUGUUGGGUAGGUAGCUAAACCCGGUGUCAAUAUGAAGUUGUUGCCUAAUCUAUGGAUCCAUUGGCUUUUAAGUGUCCUCAAGUCAUCCUUGAGAGCCUGGCUAUAAUUUUGCAUCAUUAUCAUGUCAUCAUCUCAUGUACCGAUGUCGUCCGCAGUACCGAUGAAUACUGGCCAGUUGCGCCCCUGGUUGGAAGAUAUUACUACGAGCUACUGCCUGUAAGCGAGGGCGUGUCGCGUGCAUCAUGGUGAGGAAGGCAUCCAUGCUCGCCUGUACUGAUAGUAUUGGUGCAUUCAUAUUGGUGUGAUUGCAGGCGAUUCUGGUG